CUCUCUCCCCUUCCCAAUGCUGUAGCUGUGGCUGUAGUUCUGAUGUAGCUUUGGUGUGAUUCUGGCUGUAGCUGUAACUCUCCCCCCCCCCCCCACCCCCUCUCUCUUCCCCGAUGCUGUAGUUCUGGCUCUGGCUAUAGUCCUGGUAGCUCUGGCCCUGGUGUAGUUCUGGCUGUAGUCCUGGUGUAGCUCUGGCUAUAGUCCUGGUGUAGUUCUGGCUCUGGUUGUAGUCCUGGUGUAGUUCUGGCUGUAGUCCUGGUGUAGUUCUGGCUGUAGUCCUGGUGUAGCUCUGGCCCUGGUGUAGUUCUGGCUGUGGCUGUAACUCUCCCUCUCUCUCUCCCGAUGCCGUGGUGGCGGCUCGCUCUCUGCCUCCUGUGUGGCUUGGCAGCGCUGCUGAUCGGUUCGGAGCUGCCGGGCUGGUGGCGGGUCAGGUCAGGGUCUCUGGUCGCUCCCCGGUGCCGGCUGUACAGUCGGUCUGAGCUGGGGCUGUACGGAGGGCAGCCGGGCAGCGCCGGCCUCUACCUGGCUCUGCUCGGGCAGGUGUUCGAUGUGAGCAAAGGCAGCAAACACUACGGCCCCGGAGGCUCCUACAGCGGCUUUGCAGGAACUGACGCCUCUCGAGCGUUUGUGAGUGGGGACUUCAGUGAGGCCGGGCUGGUGGAGGACGUGGAUGGAUUGUCGCCUGCGGAGAUCCUGGCUCUCCAGCAGUGGCUCGUCUUUUACCAGAGAGAAUAUGUUUUCAAGGGCACUGUGGUGGGGAGCUAUUACGACCAGGAUGGGGAGCCCACACCCGCCCUGAGGGCCGUGGAGUUGGCGGUGGCUCAGGGCCUGAAGGACAAGGUGAAGGCGGAAAGAGAAGCCAGGAGAUUCCCUCCCUGCAACUCCGAGUGGAGCGCGGCCACCGGCGGCAGAGUCUGGUGCUCAACACACAGUGGCGGAGUGGAGAGGAGUUGGGUGGGGGUCCCACGCCAGCUGUACCAACCCGGCUCCACCACCCCUCGCUGUGUGUGUACACGGACCACCGGCCUCGCCUCAGAGCACCCAGGGGGAGGGGCAGCCACCAGCAACCGCGGAGACCUGGAGAACCCCACUCUGCGGGAGUACGAGGGGUGUGACAGCCAAUCACCUGUGUGUGCCAUCCCGGAGAGAUAGUGCUGAUGGCGGCUGAGAGACAACUCUGGUGUCAGAUCAAUUGUGGCUUUGGGACGAGGGAGGUGUGGAGAUCGUUUCAUUAAAAUGACAUUAAAAGGAGACGAGUCCACAGAAUGGGACAGUGAAUUAAGCCCAAAGGGUCCUGUCCUGAUCUGCAAUGUGUGAGAGAAUUUAUCAGCCUGAUGUAGCCAUCUUCCCGAGCCAAACGAGGUGAAGGCCAUUAAAUCAGGUGGAUUGUCGGCCGGGACACCGGCAGAAACCGCCCCCGGCUCCCAAACAGUGUUGAGAAAUCU